GCGCCAGAGAGCCAGAGAGUAUAUUGUCUGAUGGAACCGACCCUGCUCCGAAACUUGCGUGUGAGCGUGAAGUGAAAUGUUAUUUUUCUUGUGUGGUGUAUUAAAAAAAUCUGAAAUAUGUUAACUCAGCUCCUUUAACAAUUUGCCUCCUCAUAACAAAUUGCCAAUUAAAGUUGUUUCCUUUCAUAAACGUGUGGGUGGGUGUAAUUCUUGAACAUGGAUCGAAAGUGGGAGAAUUUGGAGGUUAAUUUGUGUGAAGCUGUGAUAAAAACUAUUAAUGAAUUGGGUUUUGAACAAAUGACGCCUGUCCAGGCUGCAUGUAUACCUUUAUUACUGAGGCAUAAGGAUGUCGCAGCAGAAGCUAUCACUGGGAGUGGAAAAACGUUAGCCUUUUUAAUACCAAUGUUGGAAAUGCUCCAGUUGCGAGAGACUCCUUUGAAAUCACAUGAAGUUGGAGGUAUUAUUAUAUCACCAACUCGAGAACUUGCUACUCAGACAAGUGAAGUAUUGAAUAAUUUCCUGAAGAAUAUGAACAAUCUGACCCAAUUAGUGUUAGUAGGUGGCAACACAAUAUCUGUAGAUGUGCAGAGAUUUAGAGAAAAAGGUGGUAAUAUACUUGUUACUACACCAGGGAGGUUGGAAGAUUUGUUAGUAAGAAAACAUGACAUAAACCUACCAGUUGCUGUUAAGUCAUUGGAAUUUCUGGUACUGGACGAGGCUGAUCGCCUAUUGGACAUGGGAUUUGAGCAAACUCUGAAUACUAUCUUGCAGUAUUUGCCACGACAACGUCGAACAGGUCUCUUCUCAGCGACACAGACAAAAGAAGUGCAGCAGCUGAUGAGGGCAGGCCUCCGAAAUCCGAGUCUCGUGGUAGUGCGAGAGAAAUUAAACAAUGUGAGUAAAGCAAUUUCACAGGUAUCAACACCAUCAACUUUGAGCAACUAUUACAUGACGUGUGAACCAGAGAAUAAAUUAUCAAUACUCAUUAAUUUUCUGAAAACGAAUGGUGUGGAACAAAAGUAUAUGGUCUUCUUACCAACAUGUGCUUGUGUUAUAUACUUUCACGCUAUUCUGAAAAUGAAAAUGAAGGAGGCACGCAGUAAAGUGUUUGCAGAAUUUAGAGCUGCUGAAUCAGGAAUAUUGUUAUGCACAGAUGUAAUGGCUCGUGGAGUUGACAUUCCAGAAGUGCAUUGGGUGAUUCAGUAUGAUCCUCCUGCAAAUGCUGCUUCUUUUGUGCAUCGUUGUGGGCGCACUGCACGCAUUGGCAACUAUGGAUCAGCAUUAGUUAUGCUGAUGCCAUCUGAAGAAUGUUAUGUAGACUUCAUAUUUCGCAACCAGAAGGUUAUUUUAGAAGAAAUGGAAUCUCUAGACUCUCUUCCUUAUGUCAUUCCAAAAGUUCGCAAACUACACUUGAAUGAUAGGGCAAUAAUGGAUAAAGGAAUGAGAGCAUUUGUUUCUUAUGUUCAAGCAUACGCCAAGCACGAAUGUAACAUCAUCCUGAGACUGAGAGACUUGAAUUUUGGCAAAUUGGCUUCUGGAUUUGGUCUUAUUAAGCUUCCAAAAAUGCCAGAAUUGAAAAAUAAAAACAUAACAGAUUUUGAAGAAGAAAAAAUUGAUUUUAAUUCAAUACCGUACCGGGAAAAACAAAGAGAGGAGGUUCGCCAACAGAAGCUUAAUGUGUUCCGGGACACUGGGUCUUGGCCAACAAAAGGACAGAAGCGAAAACGGAAGCAAACUGAGCCCUGGUCUGAAACCAAGAAGAACAAACAAGAACGAAAAGAGCGCCGAAAAGAACGUAAAGAGAGGAAAAAUGCAAUGGCAUUGGAAGGCAAAGUAAAAAAGAAGAAGAAAGGAAUAUCUAAGGAAGAAAUGGAAGAAUUAGAGAAAGAUAUAGCCCUCAUCAAGAAAUUUCAAAGAAAAAAGAUGUCUGAAGAAGAAUUUAGUGAAAAAUUUGGAGUUAAUGAGUGAUUUUUCCUGUAAAGAGUCAUUAUUAUAUAAUUGUAAAUAUAUAUUAUAUUUUGACUAAGGGUGUUUUGUUUUUUUAUGUGUGUUUCCUACAAUACAUUCAUUCUGUUGCUGAAUUCACAAAAUGUUGGUAACUGUUAAUAGCAGCAAGAGCACUUUUAAAUGAACAAUCAAGUUUUUAGUAUUUGAACAUUGGUGUGGAAAAUAAUAUUUGUGAAACAGUUUCAGAAUUUUUAAUUUUAUAGACAUGGUUAUAACUGUAAUUUACUUUUUUGUUCAAAUAUUGGAUCUUGAGUUUGAUGUACAACUGCAACUUGUGAACUUGUAAGUUUUUCAUUAGAUUCUCCCCUUGUCUGGUAAUUUUUCUUUCCCAGAACCUUUCACUUUUAAAACUUGUACGUGUAUAUUUUCUUAACUUUUUGUAGGUUAGUGUUCAUUUUAUGAGAUGACACAAUGCAAUUUUAUUCAUUUCUUUUGGUUUUUUCAAAAAUUACACAAAGGUAUUUUUGUUUACAACUCUCUUGCAGUGUUAAU